AGGCAGAUGGCCCCGCUGAACCUGGUGGAAGAACCAGAGCAGGUCAUCCUAAUAAACCAGUGGAAGGAACAUGUAAAAAAUAGGGUUCGUUUCAUUGAGAAUGAGAUAAAGAAGGCCGAGAGGCAGGUGGACCCAGUGGAAAAACCAGACCAGGUCGUGAAGAAGGCCGAGAGGCAGGUGGACCCAGAGGAAAAACCAGACCAGGUCGUGAAGAAGGCCGAGAGGCAGGUGGACCCAGAGGAAAAACCAGACCAGGUCGUGAAGAAGGCCGAGAGGCAGGUGGACACAGAGGAAAAACCAGACCAGGUCGUGAAGAAGGCCGAGAGGCAGGUGGACCCAGAGGAAAAACCAGACCAGGUCGUGAAGAAGGCCGAGAGGCAGGUGGACCCAGAGGAAAAACCAGACCAGGUCGUGAAGAAGGCCGAGAGGCAGGUGGACCCAGAGGAAAAACCAGACCAGGUCGUGAAGAAGGCCGAGAGGCAGGUGGACCCAGAGGAAAAACCAGACCAGGUUGUGAAGAAGGUAGAGAGGCAGAUGGCCCCGCUGAACCUGGUGGAAGAACCAGAGCAGGUCAUCCUAAUAAACCAGUGGAAGGAACAUGUAAAAAAUAGGGUUCGUUUCAUUGAGAAUGAGAUAAAGAAGGCCGAGAGGCAGGUGGACACAGUGUUAAAACCAAAGCAGGUAGGAAAGAACCAGAUUGAAAUAAAGAAGCCAAAUUUAGAGGAGAAAAUGGUCCUCAAAAACCUGGAGAGGAUGGAGAACAAAAGGCUGGAGAAGCAGGUGCUUCAGAUGGACCAGAUGACAAAGGUUGAAGAACUAGUGGAUCAGGUAGGUUUGAAGACUAAGGUUAAUAAACCUGAGAAGCAGGUGUGUCUACAGGACAGGCAGGUGGUUCUAGUGAACCGGGUGAAGGAACCAGACAGGGAUGAAGCACCUGAGCACCAGUGGACAGAACUGGAGGAGCCAGCAGCUUUGGAGCACCAAACAUGGAAACUGAAGGAGCAGAACCUGGAUAGAGGAUGCACUGAAGAUCCACUGAAGAACAUCUCCGAGGCGUCUUCAAACAAACCGGACCACGAGCAGCUGCAGGACGACGUUCUUGUUCCCCCCAUCGUCGAAGCCCAACCUGGAGAGUCCGGGGCUCUGAUGGAGACCGCGCGUGAAGAUGAAGGUGUCCCGAUGCCGAAGUCGAGGAGAGCCAGCCUGAGAACCAAACGGUUCCAGUUCUUCAACGCCUGAAGCUGAGGUGGUGACGAUCCGGAGAUCAUCCAAUCACACGCCGACUUUUCCAACAUCAAAAUAACAAUAAAGUGCCUUCAUGAA